CGGCGUCUCAGUCUUGCGUCUUUGAUCAAGUUGGGCCGUCCGCCAGUGCAUUCCGAUCGAGCCAGCUGCAGCUCUUCUCCGUUCCUGCGUUGACCAAUCAGGGUCCGGUCCCGGGUCCUGUGACACGACCACCCGGCCGACGAUCUUGAUCGAAGUGGGACACGGUUCUGCUGGGGUCGCAGUUCCAGAUGACUGCAAUGAAGGUGUCGACCGGAGCGCUCAGAUACCGCGGCCUUAGUGCACUCACGAAGGCUCGCAUUCAAGCCUAUCGAAGGAGCGUUCCGAAUCUGCGCGUUCUGCAACUUCUGUUCCCGGCACGUGCAGGCCUUCUGCCAGCGACGUCAGCCCAAGGAACGCGUCAGGCCCUUGCCAAUUCAAGUCUCCUGCUUCCCGUAAUGACCAGAUCCAAUCCGGAUGCGGGUACCCUCGUAUAAAGGGCUCCGAGUCCUGCCUUUUUUUUCUUCACCAAUACCAUCCAUUCAUCCAUCUCAGACAUGUCUAACGACGGCGCGUCCCACAAGUCGACCUCGCAACUGAACAGCCCCCUCUCCUCUGGGAACGCACGCGGUCCCCGCUCGCCCACGUCGAGUGUCUCGCGCAUCCGAGAGACGCUGCGCGAGCCGUUCGCCGAGUUUCUCGGUGUCGCGUUCCUAGUCAUCUUCGGUGCUGGCGUCAAUUGCCAGGUCACCCUGUCGAGCUCCCCGGGCGUCUCCGCGACCCCCAAAGGCGACUACCUCGCCGUCAGUUUCGGAUGGGCCGUCGGGCUCUGUUUGGGUGUCUGGAUAUCGAGCGGGAUCUCGUCUGGCCACAUCAACCCUGCGGUAACACUAGCUAUGGCGACUUGGCGCGGCUUUCCGUGGCGGAAAGUUCCGGGAUACAUCCUUGCGCAAACCCUCGGUGGAUUCGUGGGUGCCGCAUUGGUAUACGCCAACUACUUCCACGCGAUCGACAUCUACGAAGGUGGGACCGGCGUCCGAACGCUCAAAACUGCUGGCGUUUUUGGCGCCUACGCCGUCAGUGCUCUAUGUGUCAAGCUUUUGCGAAGCUGGCCGCGCUGACCUGCCGCCCCAGAUUGACUACCUCUCGAACCCCUCGGCGUUCUUCUGUGAGCUGUUCGGGACUGCCGUGCUCGUGUUCGUCAUCGUCGCGCUGUUGGACAAGAAGAGCUCCGCGCCCUCGCCGGCCCUGUUCCCCAUCGCGAUCUUCAUCACCAUGCUCGGCAUCAGCUCGUCCCUGGGAAUGCAGACCGGCUUCGCGCUGAACCCCGCUCGGUAAUUACGCCCGCGCCCCAGGGUGCCCCCCCUUCGGAUGGGGAUUGUGGCUAACGCCUUUGGCAGGGACUUUGGACCCCGGCUCUUGUCGGCUGCGGUCGGAUACUCCUCGGCCGUGUUCAGCUUCCGCCACCAGUACUGGAUCUGGACGGGGAUCCUGGCCCCCAUCAUUGGGGCCCAGCUUGCGGUCGCUGUGUACGAUCUUUUUUUGUACAACGGGGAAGACAGCAUCGCCCAUAAAAUGUCUGUAUCGGUCCUGCUGUUCACCGAAACGCGCUGACGUGUGGUGUGGCUAUCGCAGUUCCGAUGGAAAACGCCCGGCUGAGCGCGACGAGUCUGUGUGAUGCAGACGCAGUAUACAUAUCGGGAUGAAGCUCGCUCGCUCCCGCCUUCCAGCUUCUCAGAUUCGAGUCUUCCCCGAGAUAUACAGUAACUAACUCCAGGGCCUCGCCUCGGCUCGCUAUACCGUUUACUUAGUUUGACGACCCCUUCCGGCUUUCGCGCUGACGAUUUUUCUAUGUUUCAAAUAAACGCGUUGACAAUGAUGUACUGUAGAAGAAUGAAUAUUACUUGCUUUUAUGAA